UGCCUAUGAGUAUGCAGUGAAAAUGACAGCAGUGGCAGAGGAGCCAUCAACAUCACCAUCACCGUAGACAGCAGAAACGUUGACGCCAGCGCCAGACGAGAGCCAAGGUUCCUGCCACCCAGUUAGCCCACUCGAUUGGAUAAUCGCGUGGAUUUCCGAGGAUCGGAAAACGCGAAAGCAGCCCUCGAAUAGUCCAAGUCCACAAUCCCAGCCAUCCAGCCAGCAUGUCCUAGUGAAGUCCGCGGACGUGGGAAGAGUGCAGAGUAGGAAAUAGAACGGCGGAGCAGGAGCUAAACGAUGGCCUCCGGCGAUGGCGACACCAUCAACACCAUCGACAUGGACAGCUCCUCGGCGUCGCAGGCGAAACUGGCCGAGCCCAGCAAUGCCUCCACCGACCAUGUGGGAAACUCAUCGCCCGACCUGGGCAACCGAGCAAACCGAGCGUCCAGCAAGGCGGACAAGGAGCGCAAGAUUGGCCACAGACGCGUCGGCGAAGGCGGCGAGAUUACGUACAAGAAGAUCCAGACGUCGCAGAUCAUGGGCUCCAUCCAACUGGGAAUCCAGCACACUGUCGGCAGUCUAGCCUCGAAGCCCAAGCGUGAUCUACUUAUGAUGGACUUCUGGGAAAUCGAGAGCAUCACCUUUCCACCAGAGGGUUCUAGCCUUACACCUGCCCACCACUACAGCGAGUUCAGAUACAAGAUCUACGCGCCCAUAGCGUUUCGCUACUUUCGGGAUCUGUUUGGCAUCCAGCCAGAUGAUUUUAUGAUGUCCAUGUGCACGUCCCCGCUGCGGGAACUGUCCAAUCCUGGUGCUUCCGGCUCUAUAUUCUACCUAACGACCGACGACGAGUUCAUCAUAAAGACGGUGCAACACAAGGAGGGUGAAUUCUUACAGAAACUACUGCCUGGUUACUAUAUGAAUCUAAAUCAAAAUCCGCGCACGCUAUUGCCAAAGUUCUUCGGAUUGUACUGCCUGCAGACGAGCAAUGCCAAAAAUAUUCGCCUGGUGGUCAUGAACAAUCUGCUGCCCUCGUCCGUAAGGAUGCACCUCAAGUACGACCUCAAGGGCUCCACGUUCAAGCGCAAGGCCAACAAGGCGGAGCGUGCCAAGAAGUCGCCCACGUACAAGGACCUCGACUUCAUGGAGCAGCAUCCCAAUGGCAUAUUCCUCGAGGCCGAGACCUACGCCGCGCUGAUCAAGACCAUUCAGCGCGACUGCACGGUACUGGAGUCCUUCAAGAUCAUGGACUACUCCCUGCUCCUCGGCGUCCACAAUCUGGACGUGGCGCUGAAGGAAAAGCAGAGUGAGCAGAGAAAACCGCUCAGGGCUCCGCUGGCCGAGGACUCCGAUGUGGAUGUAGACGAUCCGCUGGACGGGGAUGCGGCCACGGGCAUCAGCAGGAAUAAUGCGGCAUACAGGUCCGUGAACCGUCAGCGGCUGGUGGCCCACUCCACGGCCAUGGAGAGCAUUCAGGCGGAGAGUGAACCCAUCGACGACGAGGAGGAUGUGCCACCCGGUGGGAUCCCAGCAAGGAGUGAGAAGGGCGAGCGCCUGCUGCUAUACAUUGGCAUUAUCGACAUCCUGCAAUCCUACAGGCUGAAAAAGAAGCUGGAGCACACAUUCAAAAGCAUCAUACACGAUGGGGAAACCGUAUCGGUCUGCCGGCCCUCGUUCUAUGCGCAAAGAUUCCAAAACUUCAUGGCCAAGACCGUGUUCCGCAAGAUACCAUCCCUGGAUCUCCCAGAGAUCAAGGGGAAUCACAGAAAAUUUCGUACCUUGGUGACCAGCUAUAUAGCAUGCCUCUCAAUCUCACCGCUUAAGCAUUCGCCUUCGAAGAGAAAAAGCCUUUCCAAGGCCAUUCAGCGCUCCAUUGACAGCGACAACGAGGUGGCCUCCAGGCCGGUUCACGCCUCGCACUCGCAUAGUAGUGGCAAGAUUCACCAGCCAGCCAAGCCGCCCACCACCGAGCCCACGCCAGCGGGAGCGGCAGGUGGAGCCGAAAGAGGAGCAACUGCCCCAGGUCCAGCAACCACCAGUGGCACCAGCGAACGGGCACCACCGCCCGUCAAGCAGCGUACGCCGGCGGCCAGUAAUCUGAAGACGCGAGUGCCACCGCCAGUGCCGCCACGCGGCUCGCCACGGCGCAAGGAUGCCCAGGAUCGGACGACACCAGGCACAACGCCCUCAUGCAGCUCGACUCCUCCCCCCGCCUUUGACGACAUCUCCGAGGACAGCUCGAACAAGAACAGCACCUCGUCGAUAGGGCGCCGGUCUCAUCAUCAUCACCACCACCAUCAGCAGCACCACCAGCAGUCGCAGCAGCACCAGCAGUCCUACUAUCUGGAUCGCAAGAUGAACAUAGGACCCGCCUAUCGAGGCUCCUACAAGGAGGACAUUGUGAGCGUCUCGGAAGUACAUCUGGAUACAUUGCUGGCGGUAGACACGUCGUCGAGCAGUCAGUACGGAUCGCGCGGCGGAUUGGCCUGGACCCCGCCCGCUUCAGGUGAGGGCUCCACUCCCACAUGGACAGAGGGCACACCAAGUUUUACGGACUCCAGUUCGAGUGGUGAUCUCGACAACUUCUCGCCCAUAAACUCAUCUAAAGUCGAUCGUCACAAGCCGACGGUGGAAGAGGCCAUCAACUCUCUGUCCGCGGGAAUGGUAAAUAUCAGAGGAGACCGACUCUAGAUACGAUCCCAAGCACACACACCCACAGAUACGUCCCGAACCGCUGCACCCACGACACCUAGACACCUAGACAGCUCCAUGCCCAUUCAUCACCCAGGGUUAGACUUGCACACAUCCAUGUAAAAUCGCACCCCAUUCGAGUUUUCCAAAUUGCAGUUCAUCUUUCGUUUGGGUGUUCUUCACCAUCACCAUUCAAUCACGACAUCCCACUGAUACAUAACUUCUCUAUUGCAUUCUUAUAGAUCAACUAACAUAGCAUGUGGUGACGGAACACAAGACACACCAAUCCAGAUAUAUCACGAUGUGGACUGAGAAAGAGUCCGAGCGAAAUAUGCCUCAUACUCUUACAUACUGAUUAUGCUUGCGUGUUCAGGCGCUCUUGUAUAGCUAGGAUAUAAUCAAAAGGCGCCCCACGUAGAACAGAUUCCCCAGUCAUGCCCACAACCACGACCACACCCACACCUGCCCAUCCCCUCCAGCGGACACCGGGUGAAAAAUAACCAGCAAAGACAUAACUCAAUCCAGCAAAAGAUAUUAUAUACAAAACCCAACCAAGCAUACUCCCCACACACAAAACAAAAGAAGCAUAUAGCAUAUAACUGGCAAAUCAAAUAAGAUAAAGAUGCGCAGGAUGGCAUCCCGUUGGUGAUCAGAGAUCCGUGAUCCGUUUUCCCGGUCCCAUGUAUGUACGUUUAGUGUACGGUGUAAAGAGUUCGUUAUGCGUUCGAUCAGAUAAUAUGGAAUUAUACAAUACACUGAAAUUAUAUAAAUAAACGUUUUUGCGAUACUUUCGAUCUCCGAUAUAUCCACAUAAGUACGUAUUAUGUAUACCUAUGUAUAAUCAGCAAUCGCGAUAUUACAAUAUUAUUGUAAAAUAUUUCAAUUUACAAGCCAGACAAACCAAGAGCAAAAUUAUAUACAUAUUAUUCAUCUGUAUUUAUUAACGAUAAUUGUAACGCGCUUAGGUUUACUCAACACAAUAAACAGAACAAAACCGGACUUACAAUGGAUAUUACAAUACGUGUACCAACGGACGGACUCGGACUGCAGACAACUUUCGACUCAAACAUGAUGAAAGAAUUGAUUAUUUAUUAAUUAGUUGAAUGUUAUUUAACUUAUAUGCAUUAUUCUAAAGAUUACUGAAAUCCAAAUGUAAUUACAAUAAAUUAAAUUGCAAGGUUGAAA